AUGAGACUUCUACUACUUAGCAGUUUAUGCGCCUUGGCAACAGCUGCCAGCGUCAGCGCUGGCGCCCAGGCUUGCAAGUGCUUCCCCGGUGAUGCAUGCUGGCCAUCAAAGGAGGAAUGGAACAGCUUCAAUCGCACAGUAGGAGGCCGUUUGAUUGAGACGGUACCUCUGGGCUCACCAUGCCAUGCUCCUAAUUAUGAUGAGGCUGUGUGCAAGGAAUUGACAUCCCAGUGGAAGCUUUCAGCAGUGCAUAUCGACUCGUCCUCCUCCAUUCAAGACCCUAUUUAUGCCAACCAAAGUUGCGAUCCAUUCACACCUCGCGAUUCCCCGUGCCAGAUGGGCAACUAUGUGCGAUAUGCGGUGGAUGUGACAGGACCGAAGGAUAUUGCAGCAACCAUCCGGUUUGCCGAAAAGAAGAACAUCCGUCUGGUGAUCCGAAACACGGCACAUGACUACAUGGGGCGUUCGACCGGUGCCGGUGCGCUCGCCAUCUGGACCCACCACAUGAAGGACACUGAGGUCAAAGACUGGUCUGAUCCAGAGUACACCGGCAAGGCCAUCAAGAUCGGUGCCGGAGUGCAAGGUUUCGAGGUCGGCCAGGCCCUGACAAAACAUGGAUUGGUUGCCGUGACAGGUGAAUGCCCUACAGUGGGAGUUGCUGGAGGGUAUACCCAGGGUGGUGGUCACUCCCCUCUCAGCACAGCGUACGGUCUAUCCGCCGACAACACCCUGGAGUUCGAGGUUGUAACAGCGGACGGCAAGUUCGUCAAGGCCAGUCCACACUCCCGCAAACACGCCGAUCUCUUCUUCGCCUUAAGUGGCAGCGGUGCUGGCAAUUACGGCGUAGUGGUCUCUGUUACCCUCAAGGCGCACCCAGAGGCGAUGACCAGCGGAGCCGGCUUUACCCUGGAUGACCCCAGCUUGGAUUACCCGGCGAUCGUGAACGCCUGGCACGCCGCUCUGCCUGCUAUUCUGGACGCAGGCAUAAUGGCCACCUACUACGCAGAGAAGGGUACCCUCGUCGUCUACUCCCUGACUGGUUACAACCGCACGCAGGCCGACAUGGAAAAGAUUCUAGCACCCUUUGUCAAGUCUGUGGCUUCUUUGAACGUCGACCUCAAGCCAAAAUACACCCAAUUCGACACGUACAACGAGUUCUACUACUCGUACUUCGGACCUCUGCCCGUUGGUGUCUUCGGCUCAGCCGGUGAAUACCUCAUGGGUGGCCGUCUGCUUCACCGCGAUGCCCUCCAGCAGGUCGGUGGCGCCAUCAACGAGACACUACAGCUAGGCGUGCGAGUCAUCGGCCAAGCGACUAAUAUCGCCCGCUUCGCCUCUCGCAGCAGAGCCGUUCUCCCGCAAUGGCGAGACACUCUCGUUAUGUCCUCGUACACCCUGCCGUACAGCUUCGAUGUGCCAUUUGAGAAAAUGAAGGCCAAGCAAGACUAUAUCACGAACACCAUUAUGCCGAUCAUUGAGAAGGUCACACCCGACGCGGGAGCGUACAUCAACGAGGCUGACUUCCAGCAACCCGAUUGGCAGGAUGUUUUCUACGGUCAGAAUUAUCGGCGGUUGUUGGCGAUUAAGAAGUCAUAUGAUCCAAAGGGGUUGUUUUGGAAUCCCAUUGCGGUGGGCAGUGAGGGAUGGAAGACGCAGAAUGAUGGGAAGUUGUGUCGGGCUUGA